CUUAAACACUGGCGUUGUUUUAUUGCAAUAAAGGAGUGGCUUACUAUUGUUUGAGAAAAUCAUAAACAUGUAUAAAUAAAGAUGGCAUGUUUUUGUGUGUCAUAUUAGUAACUAAGGACCUGGAAUUUCAUGAGCAACAUAACUGGAGCUGUCUAACUAUAGUUCACUCAACCAAGGAUUGGUUAGUUUGUUAGGAGGUUUGCUGCGAACAUUAUAAUUACACUCACGCUUGUAAAGAAUGACAAGGUUUAGACUUUUUGUAUAUAUUUGAUAGGAAAUUAAUGAAAUAAUCAUGUGUCAGUUUUACCUUCAGGAUGACAAGGCAUAAGUCAAUUUCCUUGCAAGCAAACUCACCUAACGUUUGGUGAAGAUACUUUUGAGAAUGAUCUCUAAAAUAUUUCAAUAAAUUAGGACAUUUUCCGUGACGAUCUUAUUUUGAUUUGGUUUCAAAAAGAUUGGGUGUUACUUGAAAGCGUCCGGAAGAUAACAAUACGAUAUAAACACAAAAGAUACGUUCAUAGAUUUACAGAUACCACAGUCUAUUGAAUACUUAGAAAAAAAUUACCGACGUUUAUUCUAUUUUAUAAUGAUACAACCAUGAAGCUGAAAUCAAAUGACUUUUCAUAUAUAUACCAAUGGUAACUGAGCGGGAAAUGAUGAGCCACAGAAUCCAAAAAUAUGGAAAACGUUUCCUUGCGAUUAUAUAAUUUUCUAAGCAACAAACUUGGAACCGAAGAUACGGUGAGAGCACGGCGGACUAAUUAUAUAACACACAAUUAUUUGAGUAAAACAGAAACGCACAGACAGGUCACUUGUGGAAGUAAAGGAGAAGGUCUUGACAUGAAGGGCAGUGACACGGACAUAGUUACCUUAUUUAAUCAUAUACACAUUGUUGAACACCACAAUAAUAAUAAUAUCGGUUCUAAUACAUUUGUCAUGAGGACUUGUGAUACCAGACCCGGCUUUGCACAGUUAGGGUUGUGCAGUAGUUAUGAAUAUACAGAUGUUUGGUGCAAAAAAAUAGGAAUAAAUUUUGUUCUUUCUAGUAGAAAACUAAUGCAGAAGUUACUUAAUCUUAACAGAGAUAGUGCUGUAUGCACCAUUGACCGUCUACAUGGGCCAUGCAUGUCUACAAAUAAUAAAACACAUGACUUUACUGUGGGUAUAAAGUGCAAAUCCUUCAUUCAACAAGCGCAGGAAUGGGUAAGAAGAAAACGAUGUUGCCAACGGAAGCACUAAAAAACAAAAUUGUUAAUAGUGGAGUAUGGUUUGUCCCGAUAGGCUACAAGCUAUCGCAAAAUGAAGAUAUAGAAUGGCGAGCCGCGUUCACGGUAGCUGAAAUACUUCUUGUGUUUUCUUUUACUCAUACUCAGCUUCUGGUUUAUGCACUUUUAAAAAUAAUAUUAAAAGACGUAAUCGAAAAAAAUCUGAAACUUAAAAAGCUUUUAUGUUCGUAUUUUUUAAAGACCGUUGUUUUCUGGAUAUCAGAAGAAAUUGAUGUUACAGAAUGGACACCGCAUAAUUUUAUGAAUUGCUUUCUAGAAUGCUUAAAACGACUUGAAUACUAUGUAAAACACGAUAUCUUGCCGCAUUAUUUUAUAACUGAAAGGAAUGUGCUUGAACAUAGAAUCACUUUACCAGAAUGGAGGAAUUUGAAAAUAUCAAUAAUUCAGUUGUAUAAAAAUUGCCCUGCAUGUCUUGCUUCGUCACGUUUUAUGUCUGUUUUUUUCCUUGCGCCUCUAUAUGUAAAUAUAUCACAAAACAUUUUGCCUGCAUUUAGUGAAACGGACAUGGUAGACUGUUCUAAAUGUUUUGCCAAUCUUACCAAGCUUAAUGAACUGAGAUUUAUGCUUAUGUGAGGUCAGCCCACCCUUACAAACAUACUUACACCUAGACAGGUGUUGGUUAAUAGUUUAGAUCUGCUCAAACGAAAACACGAUCGGUUUAUAUUCAGUUGUGUAUUCAGUACGUUGUGUCGUAAUAUCAGUACAGGGAUUACCUGUCAGUAUGUCACUCAGGGUGGUAAUAAACUACAUUACCAACAUUUAAAAGAGAUGUUACCCUUUGUUAUAAUGGGAGUACGUAGUGAUGGCGUAUCAGGAUGGAAUGUUUUAGCUACAUACUAUUAUUGUGUUAGUGAAUAUUCAGGUUCACUAAAAAUCACUGACUACGUGUUAUCAAAAUUUAAGGAUGAUAAACAAGAGAAACUUUAUUACACUGAGGAUAAGUUUACUGUCGACUAUUUACCACGUCUAUGUCAUGAUGUUGAUUUAAGCACAAUUUACAUAUCUAAUACAAUGGAGACGAACGAUUUUAAACGUAACUCGUUUUUAAUUCCCGAUGAAAUGAAACAUGAAGUAGCAUACAAAGGAUAUAUCCAGAAACCUCCGAUUGUGUAUGCUUUAUUUUUACGUUUCAUGUGUUUACUAAAGUUAAAGCACACUCAAAAAUGUUCAGAGUCUUUAAAUGAUAUAAAAGUAUUCAUUAAAACCGAUAAAUAUAUUGGUAAUCACAUCUUGAAAGCAGAAUGUUACACCCUUCUUGGUAUUGCGUGUUAUCUGAAAGGUGAUUUGACAGAAGCAGGAAAUUGUCACAAAAAAGCUUUGGCAUUGAACGGUUCUAAGCAGUUUAAAUAUCUAAAAAUGAUAGACAAUAUACGAAAAGAAUAUGAAAUGAAAACAAAAUAUUGAACUAUACAUGAUCGCAUCUUCGCUAGGCAAGGGUUACGAUCCAUUCAACACAUCUCCACCCUUAGCGGAUUGAGAUAGAAUUUCGGAUCAACGAGUAAAUUUGUCGCACUUGUAACUGGCUGUAUCCAAUCAAACCCUUAGGAAUAUAUGGGCAUGUACACUUAUGGUAUUUCUACUCUUGCUAGCAAUGUUUUUGUUUAUAGUUUUGUGUUUUCAACAGUUGAGCUAUUAAAAAAAUGCAGAGAAGAGGACAUCAAACCGAAAAGGUGUAAUAAAAGCCAUUAUUUGAUCCUGAUAUUGCAGAAAUAAUAAAAUUAAUAAACUUAUUAACAUGCCAAAAACUGUUGGAAAACUUUCCCAUGUCAGAACUUUCUCCAUAUAUAGAAUAGCAUCCUUUAUAUACUGCUGAUGGUCUUUCCCUAGUGAUGGCUAGAGAUCUUGGAAAUAAAAUAUCUAUGUCGGCGGUAAAAAGUAGAUGGUCAGUAGAUGACCUGUGUUGUCUAGUAUGUGAAGGAUAUGAUUGCUAACAUAAGCACCUUAAAAUUGUCAAAUGGCGCGGUAAUUACUGACACUGGGUUGAAAGGUCUUCGAUGAUCGUUUAUAGAAGCACAUCCUUCGUAAAUAUUGAUCCUAACAUCACCACUCUUGGAUUAUAAAUUUCUGUAUCACUAAAAUAUUCCCUUUUGCAUGUUUUCUUUUAAAUAAAAACAACACUUUAUUAAUUUCAUGCGUCCAAAGCGUUUUUCUGGAUUUACCUUCCUUAGUAACGCUCAAAGCCGAAUAAUUGAAAGCCAAGGAUGUAUAACAACCGAGAUAGUUAAAGAGCUUUAUGACCAAAAAGCACCUAAAAAUAAUAUCCAAAUCUAUCUAAGUUCAACUUUGCCCGACGGAGUUGAAACCUUAGUUUAUUCACAUUUUUUUUUAAUUUAUGAACAGACAAUUUUAGAAAGGUUUAUUAUAAAUUAUGUCAAUACCAAAGUACUGAGAUGAUGAUACCCUCGGGGACUGAUAGUCCACCAGCAGUGGUAUCGAUACAAUGCUGUGAAAAAUGAAACACCACUUUAAUUAUAAUUUUCAUGCGUCCAAAUCGCUUUUCUGGUCUGACCUUCAUCAGGAACGCUGAAAGCCGAAUAUUAGGGGGAAAUCUGACAUCGUUCAACAUCAAGGGAUUCAGACGUGAUUUAUUAAAUUAUUCAGUUAAUAGUCGUUCUACCGAUUAUCUGACGAUGUUCAAUUCUAAAAGGUUUAUCACAAGUACUGCCAAUUUCCAUUAUUUAUGGUGAGACCUCGUGAUUUGUUGUCUUAUUGUUUUGUUUUCUUAAACGGAAGAUUUCAUCCAACAGCUCAUCACUCUAGUAGCUUCCUGUAGUAUUUAAAAAAUGCUUUACCCUGAUUUCAAAAUUUGCUUUCCUUGUUCAAUUUACGCAAUAGUAGUUUACUAAUGUUCAAAUCUGAUAAAUCGAUGAUAACGAAAUAAAAAUAACAAAUCAUAAUUUGAAUCGUUGCAUGCUUCAAUAUGAAAGACGAAAAGUUACAUUUGUAUCGAAAUCAAAUAGUACACCGGAUUGAUUAAAAAAAAACAUAUGAUAAAAUUUCCUUGUGCAAACUGGAUUUUCCAAUAAAAAUAUUUACCUGUUUCGUAGAAGUUUAUAAACUGAAAUGAAUAUAAAUAGAGGUUUUAACACUGGCGUCGUUUUAUAUCAGUGGAGAGUGGCUUUCUAUUGCUUGCGGAAAUUAUAAACAUGUAUAAUAAAGAAUGAUAUAUUUUCCUGUGUAAUAUUAGUAAACAAGGGCCUGGAAUUUGACGAAAAACACAAUAGGAGCUGUCUGACAACAUUUCAGUAACUCAAAAGAAUCCGGUCCUAAAAUAUGGAAAACCGGUCAUUGCGAUUAUAUAUUUUUCUAAGUGACAAACUGGGAACCGAAGGUACAGUGAGAACAAGGCGAACUUAUUAUAUAACACACAAUUGUUUGACCAAAACAAAAACACACACGCCGUUUUUCUGUGGAAGUAGAGCAGAAGGUCUUGACAUGAAGGGCAGUGACACUGACAAAGUUAUCUUACUUAAUGAUAUACAUAUUGUUGAAAAGUCCAACAAUGAUAUCGGUUCUAAUACAUUUGUCAUGAGGACUUGUGAUACCAGACCGGGUUUUGCACAGUUAGAGUUGUGUAGUAGUUACGAAUAUACUGAUGUGUGGUGUAAGAAAAUAGGACAUAAAUUCUUUCUUUCUAGUAGUAAAAUGAAGCAGAAAUUACUGUCUUUAAACGAAAAUAAUGUGGUAUGUACUCUUAACACUCUACAUGGAUCAUGUGUUUCUACAGUCAAUGAAACACAUGACUGUACUGUAGGUUUAAAGUGCAAAUCCUUCAUUAAACAAGCGCAAGAUUGGGUAAGAAGACAGCGAUGUUGGCCAUCAGAAGCAUUAAAAAAAAAAAUUAUUGAUAGUGGGGUAUGGUUUGUCCCGAUAGGCUACAAGCUGUCACCAACUGAAGAUAUAGAAUGGCGAGUCGCGUUUGGCGUCGCUGAAAAACUGCUUGUGUAUUCAUUUACUCAUACUCAGCUUCUAGUUUAUGUUCUUUUGAAAAUAAUUUUAAAAGACGUAAAUGAAAAAAAUCCUAAAUUAAAAGAGCUUCUAUGUUCGUAUUUUUUAAAGACAGUUGUUUUCUGGGUUUCAGAAGAAAUUGCUGUUACAGAAUGGACACCGCAUAAUUUUGAAAAAUUGUUUUUGGAAUGCCUAAAGCGACUUGAAUACUAUGUUAAACAGGAUAUCUUGCCGCAUUAUUUUAUAAAAGAAAGGAAUGUGCUUGAACAAAGAAUCACUUUACCAGAAUGGAGGAAUUUAAAAACAACAAUAGUUCAGUUGUAUAAAAACUACCCUGUUUGUCUUACCUCUUCAAGUUUCAUGUCUGCAUUUUUCUGUUGUCCUCAAUAUGAAAAUAUAUCACAAAACAUUUUGCCUGGAUUAAAUGAAACGGGUAUGGCUGACUAUUCCAAAUGUUCCGACAAUCUUACCAAGCUUAAUGAAGUCAGGUUUUUGCUUCUAUGUGGUCAAGCCAUCCUUACAAACAAACUUACACCUUGGCAAGUGUUAACUAAUAGUUUUGGGCUGCUCAAGCGAAAUCAUGACCGUUUUAUUUUCAGGUGUUUAUUCAGUACGUUGUGUCGUAAUAUUGGUACCCGUUUUACCUAUCAGUAUGUCACCCGCUGUGGUAAUAAAUUACAUUAUCAACAUUUAAAAGAGAUGUUACCCUUCGUUUUAAUGGGAGUACGUAGUGAUGGCAUAUCAGGGUGGAAUGUUUUAGCUACAUACUAUUAUUGUGUAAGUGAAUAUUCAGUUUCACUAAAAAUCACUGACUACGUGUUAUCAAAAUUUAAGGACGGUCAACAAGAGAAACUUUAUUACAGUGAGGAUAAGUUUACCGUCGACAAUUUAGCGAAUCAAACUCACGAUUUUUUUUUAAACUCAAUAUACAUAACUAAUACAAUGGAGCCAAACGAUUUUUCUCGUAACUCGUUUUUAAUUCCUGGUGAAAUGAAACCUGAAGUAGAACACAAGGGAUAUAUCCAGAAGCCGCCGAUUGUGUACACAUUAUUUUUACGUUUCGCGUGUUUACUUAAGUUAGAACAGACGCAAAAAUGUUUAGCGGCUUUAAAUGAAAUGAAAACAUUCAUUGAAAGCAAUAACUAUAUUGGAAAUCACGUCAUGAAAGCAGAGUGUUACACCCUUCUGGGUAUUGGGUGCUAUCUGAUAGGUGAUUUGACCGAAGCAGGAAGAUGCCACAGAAAAGCUUUGACAUUAGAUCGUUUAAAGCAAAUGAAAUAUCUUAAAAUGAUAAACAGAAUAAGAUAAACAACAUUAUUUUAUACAUUACUCUGCUAGUAACCGAUCGAACACCGUUAGGAGUAUAUUGUUAUGUAAACUCAUGGUAUUUCUGCUCUUUUUAGAAAGCAAUGUUGUUGUUGGUUUUUUUUUUUUUUUUUUUUUUAAUAAUUAAAUUAAGUUCUUGGAGGAAAUCUAAAUGAAAAGGGUAUAAAAUCCAUUAUUUUGUCCUGUAAUUGCAAAAAUAUCUUACAGUAUUAUGUUUAUUUUAGUGAUAAAGGAUAAUGAUAAUAUAAUAGCAUUUGAGAUGUCACUGUGAAAUCAUUUACAUGUCACCAUUCACAUAUUUGAACAAAAUGGCAUUUUUGCGACUAGUAGUUUUAUGGGUAAAUCAACUGUCUUACUUCAAAAGAUGUUUCACGUUCAAAACCCUUUCAAUAGAAACUUUGCGGCAAAAAUCUUUUUAGUGAGGCUGUUGUUCACUUCUAAUAUGACCGAAAAUAUCUGAAAUCGAGACUUUGGAAAGACUCUAUAUAAUUUGGCAUACUGUGACACCCUUGUGUCUUGUUGACAUCUGGAUGAUAUUAUUUUAUAGAUUUUCAGUACUUUGUAAUAUUCUAAUUAAAUGGGCCAAAAGGUGAACUUAUCGUUCUUUCGCUUUUAUUUAUAUGAAAUAUGCUAACAGAGAUUUACCAUUUAUGAGGCGCGGAUUUAAUCAAAGUUAUUGCAUUUAAGGAGAUCCUGAAAUAUUUCAGUACCUCCAUAAUCUGAAUUCCGGCUAUUCAUUAAUCAUCAAGGACCUCCUGAAAUAUUUUAGAACCUCCGUCAUUCGAUUGUAGUAUAUCCUGAAAUAUUUCAGGACCUACAUGAUUCUAUUUUAGUAUAUCCUGAAAUAGUUUAGGACCUCCACAAAUAAUCGGUCAGAAUUGCUUUAUUUUAGGAGGUCGUUGUAUAUUUCAGGAUAUACUUAAUUUUCAUGAAGCUUCAUAAUCAUAUAUUUCAGGACUUAAAAUUCAAUUUCCGGAUACUAGUAUUCCUUAAUCAUUUUUGGAGGUCCACAACUAUUUCGGGACCUCUUCAGCUUGAUUUCAGGAUAUCCUUAUAUCGUUGGACUAAAUCCGCGCCUCAUCAUAAUCACUAGCUGCUAAAAUAAAGAAACAAGUUUAGUUAGUGCCCAUAGUGACAGCACUUAUAACAUUAAUAUUCAUAUUGAUGACAUGUAAUGGAUAACAUAUAUUUACUCAAUACGUAAGACAUGUUUUAAUUUGUUAAGAGGAGUCUAUACUAAUGCCAAAAAGCAGAUAUCACACAAAACAGAUAUUUGUACAUGUACAACAAUCACUAAUUCCGUAGACAUAUAUAUUUAUGUGUACAUGGUUACAUUUAAACAGAUCGUUUUGACCUUAUAUAUUGUCACGUUUUGUUAAAUUAAAAGUUAAACUUUA